AUGAGAGGGUCGAAAAUCAAAGUUAUUUUCCGGAUUUUGGACACGCUUUCUAGCGUUUUGUCAUUGUUAGCUUUGUUGCUGAUUUAUCGCCGUAUAACAGACAGCGAUUUUAGCCUAUUCAACAACUUGGAGUCGAAGACGAGACAAAACGAUUUUGAAACAACUCCAACCCAGGAAAACGAUCUUAAUCGAUACAAUAAUGGUAAAUUAGCUGUUGAAGUCUGGCCUAAUAUUUGUGGUGGCAAAUUAUCCAACUUAUACAAUUCUCCGUUCUUCCCGCGGUUUGCAGAAAAGUCGCAUUUUAUCUCGGAAACGAAAACAAAGCUGAAUGAAAGCAACUAUGGACAACGGAUAGCUGGUUAUUUGCAACCAAAGGAAACCGGUUAUUACAAGUUUGUCUUGUAUUCUGACGAUGGCUCGGAGUUUUGGUUUGGUUCCAAUGUUAGUCUGACAAGUUUAAAGCUCGCGGCCAGUGUUGCAUCGCGGGAUAGAAUUGGCAGCGCGCCAGUCGGCGAGAUUCGGUAUGACUCUCAAAUAACAGAUGAUUUUCUCCUUGAAAAGGGAAAUAAAUAUCCAUUAGAAAUAAUUCAUCUUCAAGGCACCGAAGCGGAUUUUGUGGAAUUGCNAUAACAGAUGAUUUUCUCCUUGAAAAGGGAAAUAAAUAUCCAUUAGAAAUAAUUCAUCUUCAAGGCACCGAAGCUGAUUUUGUGGAAUUGCAUUGGAUUCAACCUGGAAAACACUAUUUGGAAGUUAUAACCUCAGAAUACAUUUCGCAUCUUUCUAACUCGCAUCCAGUGUCCAAAAUUGCUGUUUCGAGUGAUGCAGAAAGCCAAUCUACCGUGGCUGUGACAACGAAGUUCUACCUUGUGGCUUUUCUCACAGAAGGUAUCGUAAAAAAUAUACUUCCCACGUGUAAUUUCGUACUUCCGGCCUCAACAAAACCGGAAGUGGCUCGUUUCCAUGCUUACAGAGAAGUCAAGGAAGUCACCAUAGUAACAAACGAUAAAGAAGGAAACUGGACGAAAAAUAAAGAAGCAAAGAGGCUAGCUGAUCUUUUCAUGGCCAGACUUGGAAAAAUUUUUCCAAGGUAAGUGUAUUGUUUUAAUAUUUUAUAUAAUGAAUUAAGCGCAUAAUUAACGAAAUUAUAGCGUUCUUCAUAUCAAAUACAUGGAUCCUACAGCUUCAGUAGAGUUACUUCAGUGUUGGGUUUACAUUUCACCUUUACCACUUGUCCUUUUUUUCCUUCUUUUCCAGAAAGUACAAAAUUGUUAGGUUUUACAACCUUGAACGCAUUCCUUUAGAAGACGAAGACAGCUUUGUACUGUAUUUUCUAGAGCUAGAAUUGGGUUGUGACGCUCUCGACUACACAGAGAGAGUCGUAGAGUACGUUCUUUUACAAAAUCACGAACAGAACGGUGUCUUAACAACCGAUGCCCAGCUCUGUUAUCCAGGAGGACUGGAUUGGAACAAAGAUGCUGUAGUCCAUUUGAUCCUAGCUGUACAUCACGAAGGUUCCCGUUUUCGUCGUUUUAUUGAAAAACUGGAAAAAAUCUUCAAGGAGAAUCUUGAAGUAUAUUUCCACCUUGUGGUUGUCAACUCUGGUAACGCAGGGCUAGACAUCCGGGAAAUUCUUGGCGCAACCUCGUUACUGAAGUACAAGGUGGAAAAGUUAGAAGGUGACUUCUCUUGGACUCGCGCAAUUAAUCAUGGGAUCAGACAAAUUCAAGACCCAGAACAUAUUAUCCUCACGGCUGAUAUUCACAUGGAUUUACCGGCGUCCAUUUUUGAAGACUGUCGUAAAGUAAGUUUCUAGUAUUUGCUCUCAUUGCUCUUGAUCCAUGAAUUGAGAUUGUGAGAAGAACUGGGUCGGUGUUGUGUCGAAUUGCACUAUGGGAAUGUUUUGGGGACCCUUAAUUUCUCUUCAAUUACAAAGUUUCGCGCGAUGCUGGGUCGAGAUUCGUACCCCGGAAAAGUCCCAUCGUGCAAUUUGAUUCAACACGGACCCACUCUCAGGCUCGAAUUUAAAACGGUCGACAUUGAAUUUUUCGCACCUAUAUUGAUAGCCCACGUUUAAUAUAUUAAUUUUCUAACAUUACUCCGAGUCUUUCGGGACAAAAUUGCAAAUUCUUUCACGACUCCAUUGUCUCACAAUUUCCAGGAGCGUAAAGAAAACAAAACCAAAUAGAGAAAAUGACCAGAAUUUUAAUAUAUCGAACGUGGGCUAUUCCGCCUUUGGAACAUACUUAAUAAAAUCGAUUGAAACAAAAUUUUGAGCCCGCAAUGAACACCCGUAGUAAAACCUUGUUUCCAAUAGAGCGUAUUCACUCACGUGGCCAGCAUCCACUCUAAAUAAUACGAACAAAAGAAAGUUUAUACAUAAGAAAAGAGUUCAAUUCCCACUGGGUUGUCUUCGGUACACCAACAUGGCCGCCGUUUCAUUGUUUUGAAACACCAAUAUGGCCGCCGAAACGUCAUGUGAAUACGCUCUAAAGUAGUCGAUGUGAUCUAGCAACUUCCAUUUUUUAUGUGCCCGGAGCUCUCCACUUUUUCUUCAACUGCGUCGAGAGGAGCUAUGCCUACUUUCAGUUUCUUGACACAGAAAUCCCUUAUUAGCUGCACCAACAGGAAUGAAGCUCGUAAAUAUUAAGAUCCAAUUGACCAGUGCCCUGAUCCUCGUGGGACUUGUAUUUUUUUUUUGUUCCCAGUCCGCGCCAAGCGCAUUACUCUAUCGUUUUCACCGUGCGACCAAGUCUAGCCUGUAUCUGGUCCCGCAUUCUCAGGCCAUCGGCAAGUAAAGCAGCGAAGGGACUGCAUAGAGAGAUGGAAUGGGAUUUCUGUACCCCCUUAUUUCAUUUUUCUCAUGGAUCAGGGUAGCGAAAGUGAACUCGAAAUUAUACUAUCCUUUAUUCUUUAUGACCAAACAUACCGCGUACGCGGCAUUUUGGAUCCUAGCAGUAUGAACCCAUCCCUGCAAAUUUUUUUCUUAUGUCUUCACUUGACUCCGAUAACGUUCUUACUUCUGGUUCUUUACAUACCCCUCCCCUACCCGAGCAUUUUGCCUCGAGUGAGAUGUUAAUGUUGACAUUGGGUCAGGGGAGAGGUGGGUGGGUAUUAAGGUUAUUGACUAUCUUGGUUUUCUGUAUAGCAUUGUAUUGAAGGAAAGAUGAUUUUUGCGCCCGUGCAAUAUGCUUUGGACUGCGGGGCGUACCCCAACAAACCAAAAGGGUCAUGGUGUAGUCAUGGAUACCAAAUGAUUGGCAUGUAUAAGGGCGAUUGGGAUCGGACUGGAGGUGAGUUUCGAAAGCAUGCUAAGCAGCGAGUGAACAAAAUUCGAAAAACGAUGACAAUAGAUCAGAGUCUAACAAAUGAU